ACUGUGCUGCCAGCAAAGGGAGGAGUGUUCACUAUUCACAGUUUAACUCCCUUGCUGUGAAAUGUUUCAAGGUUAAAUGUUUUGGACUUAUUAGCUUUGGUCAGUCUUCCCUUACUCUAAACACCUCUAAGACUCUUUACCAGACUGUGGUUCAGACAGAGCGCUCAGGAGAUGCAGAAGACCGACAGGAAGAAGCGAGUUCCAAGGACCAGCAGGAACCUCACAAAAUCAGCUCCUCACCUCGCUGUCCGUACAGACAGUAAUUCACGUCUUACUCCUGUCCUUAAUUUGGAGCCCAUCGCCGACACUACCAGAGGGACCCAUUUCAUAUUUGGGCCUACGGCUGGUCUUGCUGGAGUGAUAGCUCUCCGAUUGGCGCAGGUUGAGACCGAGGCACAGAUUGCUCUCCGGCAGCUUGCUGCUUUAGCAACCAUCACUUUCGGCAGCCAGUGUCACAGCAACUGGUUUACAGCAGCGCUACCUCCUCACCUGGCCCUCCUGACUCUUUUCAAUCGACCUCAGGCUGUGGGGUACUCAAGCUAUAAAACCUACAGAACCACACGGCCUUGUCCGUCUGCUGCCAUGUAUCACCAACACCCACAGGGCUCACAGCCAUUUUCUAAUGGGGGCAGACCGCCACCUCGUCAGCCACCUCCGAAUCAACAUCAGACUCGCUCUAAUAUGCAGGUGAUGGGUUUCCAGUUUCCUCGUCCGACCCAACUACCUGAUGAGCUUGAGUCUGCACUGGCAAUCCGGGGUGCCAGGGACAUGGACCACCGCCAGAUUGAUCACAUGACCCAGCCAGAUCCACACCAGAACCAAGGUUCUGGGACCAGUCAGCAUGGAAACUUUGGCUCUAACCCAGUAUCCCUCCCCACUGACAGUCAGUCUGAACACCACCAGAGAGUAGAUUGGUCAAGCUACCAACCUCCAGCUAAACUGUUUGCUGCUCCUCCACCUUCUUCAAGUCAUCAGUCACAACAAGCGGCCCAACAGCCGCAGAACACCCAAGCAGGAUCAAGACUCUCAAUUUGGACUCCGUCUGUAUGUGAAUCUCUUUCGAACCAAGUUCGGCAUGUCCACGGUGCCAGUGGGGAGGGUCCGAGUUUAUACACACCAGAGAGCGCAGGAAGUAUCUUGGCUAGCUUUGGACUUUCAAAUGAGGACUUGGAAGUCCUGAGUCACUACCCUGAUGAUCAGUUAACCCCAGACACCUUGCCGUUCAUACUCCGUGAUAUCCAAAUCAACAAGUCAGGGAAACAGAAGACUAAGUUACCUACACCCACCAUGAUAAGUGAUUUCUCAGCUGUGUCUCCAAAGGUGUAUCCCCAUACCUGCUCCCUAUGCCACAUAGUGUGUGACCAGGAAAAGGUGAGUGCCCUCGUGAAUGCCCAUUUAACAGUGUCCAACAGUUUACCUAAACGAGUACCUCUGAGUAAUAAAUUGUAUUUUCUUUCUGUUUCUAGUCGGAGUGGACGAUAUGGCAGCCGUGCUCUGUGGGAUCCCAAGGAUGGCUCUCCAUCCCGCUCCAUGUCUCAGUCGCUGUCUCGUUCUCGUUCUCCAAGUCCUCCUUCAAAAAAACGUCGGGUGGACAGCCACCCAUUCAGGCCACAGAAGAGGCGUAAUUCCCCUCAGCGUUACCCACAGCAGAUGCAUGACACAGAACACAGGGAUCGGUUGAAGUACCGCCACUCUGGCUCACACAGUCCUUCUAAUAUGAACCGAACAUUCAGAGAGUACUGGAGCGCCAGGAGGGACAGGGUUUCAACAGGGAGUUUCUCUCGCGUUGCUGUGAAGCGUCCACGCCGUGACUCAACCAAGCACCCCACUGACACUAGCCGAGAUCGAGCCUCACACUUGGGGGGUCACGGCUCCAAGCAUGGGUCAUCACAGCCCUCCACCAAAAGCCUUAAGGCUCUGAACAAGCAUGGACCUAAGACGGCUAAGAUGUCUGCCAAGCCUCCACCGGCCAAGAAGAAGAAGAAAACUGUGACUCCAGCCUCACAGGACUCUCAGUCUGUUGCCAAUCGUCUGGUGUAUCUGACGGGCAUCCCAGAGGACGCCUCCGAACAGGAGGUCACCGAUUUGGUCGGGGCCUUUGGAAAGAUCAAUAACGUCAUCCUCAUGCCGCGUUCAGAGGAGAGCGAGAAGGGCCAAGGACAGAAGGCCUCUGUAUGCAUGGUGAAGGCUGAAGACGCCCAGGCUCUGGCCACCUCCACAAACCUCUCCAUCAGAGAGCAGCACAUCACAGCUUCAGUAGCUAAGAUGACUGCAGAAGGCAACGCUGACCAGAAGACGUCUAAUGAGAAAGGCAGGCUGCUGAUCACAGGACUUCCUGAGAGCGGCUGGUCAGAAUGUGACAUCAUCAACUUGAUCCAGCCCUUCGACACUCCCUCUGACAUCAUCCUGGCAACACAAAUGGGGAAGGCACUUGUGUCAGUGCCACACAUGGACGUUGUUCAGGAGAUGGUAAAGGUCCACACGUUCGUGCCUGCCAAGGUGAAAGACUGUGAGGUUAAACUGACGCCGCUGAAACAACACAUCAGCUUCAACACACCGAGUCGAGCUCCGGUCAGCUGGAACAGCCUGCUGGUUAUUGGGAAUGUUCCCGACACACCAAGCGGGUCCUCUGAGGUCGAGAAAUUGGUGCGACGCUUUGGAACAGUCAUCAAGACCCUCGUGCUCAGCAGCAUGGUGAUUUGUGAGAUGGCCACUGCAGCCAUGGCCCUGUCCGUGUACAAGCGCUUCCAGGCGUUUCCGUGUAUAAUCCAGAACAACCCGCUGUUCUUCUCCCGCAAGCCCGACCCCAAAGCCAGCACGCAGACUAAAGCCAUCGCUGCCCCUCACGAUGCAUCCGAGGAUCCACCUGCGAAUGGCCAAGCAAAGCAGACGUCUGCAGACAGAGAGGAAGCAGCGCACAGUUCAGGAUCUCCCGAGGAGAGGAUUGACAAACACGGAGACGGAGAUGCUAAUAAGAUGACGGGCAGGGAGGAAACAGCUGAAGAGGUUUUAGAGGCAUGCAAAGACGGUAACGUGGAAAAAGACGAGCUCACGGUUUGUGACUCUGCACCGGAGAAUCAGUUAGAAGCAGACACAACGGGAACGUCAGGCAUUGACGUCAAGACGACGGAGGAGAGUAAAGUCAGUGCAUCUGAAGCAGAACAAACUCCUGCAGACGAAGAGUCACAGCCGCCUCGCCUGGACGGCGAAGCAGGUUCUGAGGAAGCAGCCGAGCUGCCCAAGGUAACUCAAGCCAUGGUUAAUGCGCUGCUUGUGGAGUGCAGAACAGGGCCCACCGGCAGCAGCAGAGCAGCACCCCCCAGUGGAGAAAAGGGGGAACACCAGACAGAGACUAAGCUGGGCCAAAAAGCAACAGAGACUAAAGAGAUGACCAAAAAACAGAUGGGCGUGGAAGGUGAGGUGAAGAGGCAGGAGAAGGAGAGAAAAGAGGCAAGAAAGGAGAAGGAGGUGAGGGAGCGAAUGAAGAGGCAACGGGAGAGGGACAGAAGGGGCUGGGAGAAGGAGGAGAGAGCCAAGAGGGAGUGGGCUGAGAAAUCCAGGAGGGAGAGGAGGGAGGAGGAAAGAAGGGAGUGGGAGAGGAAGGAAAGGGAGAGAAGGGAGAGGAAGAGGGCCCACGGCAACGGUCUAUCGGGGUCGAGGUUGUCCUCCAGAGACACUGAGAAAGUGAUUUUAAUGUGGUUUGGUGUAUUGUUAUUGGUCCCUGUGUCAUUUGUACAUGAGCUGGACCUGAGUGAUGCAGCCAUUGAUGUGACAGCAGCUCCAGCGAAGCCUGAGCUCACACCUGAGGGGGAUGUAACAGCUAAUCUGCUCCCCAGUGCUGCUGUGUCCCCACCGCCUGCACACAGCCCAGUGCAUAACCCAUCCGAGGCUGACGUCACACCUCAGCCAGAUUCCUCAUUAACUGCUGAGUUCGCCCCAGAGGACCAAAGUGUUCCCGUCCCUGCAGCUGCAGCAGCUUCCUCCUCAGCAGCAGAAAGAGGCCAAGAUGGCGAUGAGGAGAAUCUUCUGGAACCUCGCGAGACUGUUGAAGAAGAGAAGAUGGGAUUGGUCAACCAGGAGGAACACUUGAAGGUGCAGGACCAGGAGAACAAGGACAGGAGAGAGACGGCUGCAGAAACUGGGAAACAGGAGCAAUCUGAACAAAACCCCAGUGCUGAAGAGGAGAGCGAGAAAUUCGAAACAGAACAUUCCCUCCCUCCUUUUGACCCCAGCAACCCAGUUGGUUUGGAGUUCCUGGUCCCAAAGACGGGUUUUUUCUGUAAGGUGUGCGCUCGGUUCUUCAGCGGCUCCAAGGAGGCUGAAAUCAGCCACUGCAAAACCCGCAAACACUACGAGACGCUGCAGAAAUACUUGAAGACGUCCAAAACAACGAGCGAGACUGCCAAGCCCGACUCCAGCUGAACGUGCUCCUGAUGCUUUGGGUCCAGAUUCUCAUGUAGAUUUAGUAAACCGUCACAUUUUAAACUUGAACUGUUAACUGUUUUUUUUGUAAUGUUUGAGGUUUAAUUGAACACUUUAACUCCAUUUCUAAAGACAGUUGCUGUUUGCUUCACAGCGUCGCCACGUCCAAAUCUGAUGUUUAUUUUGGUUCUUGAUGGGUGGGGGAGGCUGCAUUUGAUUGCAUCUCAUAGAUAACAUUAGUGAUGGAAACUGUGCUGAAGAUGAACUCCAUCAGGAAUCGUACACAAUCGAGAUGUUUUUAGUGAACUAUUGUUUUCCUCCUGAGUCUCAUUUCAGCUGUGAAAUAAAGAUAUCAAUAUUCUGAGCACCCA